CGUGUCAAAUAGUUGUCAGCCGUAACGGUGUCCAUAUUGUGUCUAAGCUUGGCUGGUCGAGUCCCACAGGAAGAGGAAACAGUGGUUUCAGCUAACUGUUACCACUCGUCGCUAGCGAAUAGUUAGCUCAUCGAUGGUCGUUUGGUCGUUACAGGGAAACGUGUAACUGUGUUGAUGUUUUAUAGUCAACAUUUAACGGAACAGCUGACGGAUAUUGUCCCUUAAAAGCCUGACUCAGCUGCUGAUAUGGUGGACCUGAGACAAACUCUCAGAAGCCCCCAGUCUCACAUUCAAGUGAGAGUCUGGGGAGAACAUUGCAAUAGAUUAUGGCUUUAGGAGAUCAUCUUCCACAAAGGUCUGCUUUGACUGCUCGGAAAUAGGAGAUCGGAAGAUGGAGAGACUGGCAGCUGAGAGGGAGAUGGACCCCCUUACUGACUCUGACGAGGAGCUGUCUGACGGCGAUUCAGCGAAUAAGUCUCACCAGUGGGAGAGAACAGAGACGGAAGACGACGAGUGCAAAACUCAGGACAUCCCGAAUCCAGCCACGCCUCACGACUCCGGAAUCGGUGAUUUUGAGUGCUGUGGGGCCGCAGAGAGCAAAAAUGACACCGAGGAGGUUUCAGAUGGAAUGGAACACGAAAGCGCCGACGAUCACGAGAGCUCCCGGGUGAUAAAUCAAGACGAGGAUGAAUCGGCAAAGGAGCAGCACAUGAACGGCGAGUCGGGUUGGAGGAACUUUGGCGCGGGGAAGAAAUGCAAACCGAGGAGCAGCGGAUCAGUUUUUUCGGAGCAGAGCAACCAAAGUGCUUUCCCAUCGCCGUCCUUUCAAAAAGGCAACUUUGCGCCCAGCGGCGGCAGGCACAAGCAAGCCCGCAGACGCAACCACCACCAUCAGCUGAACCGCGGACGCAGACGCACGGGCAAACAACUCAUCUUCGCUUUUAAGGAGAUCCUGUCCGAGUCGAUCAGCGUGUGGUGCAUCUCGUGUGUCCACAUGAUGAUUGAGAUUAUCGUUACGUUAACUCAUAAUUGUGGCGUGGGCGUCGAGACCAGCGGGUUGACGCUUUACAGCUUGGGGCGGCGGCUCCUAGCAAAGCUCACGGACAUACCGGGAAUGAAGGCGGAUGCCGGUCGGAUUUUAAAAUGGACAAAAUGCACAGGCACGCACGUGGUGGAUAAAGCUGUUAAGUUAGUGAAGUGGACUAAACAAGCGGCCUUAUCGACACUCGGACUUUUUUGUGCUUUGGUGAUGCUCGGCGCCCAGUGGGUUAAAAGUGUUUUGGUCCGGAUCGGCGGCGAAACGGGGAAACGAUAUUGGACGGCUUUUCAGGAGUCACGUUUUUGGAAGAGGGUGCUGCUCUUGGCGGAGAGUGUCCGUAGCUUCUUCAGGAGAAAUGGACACGUACAAGCACCGAGCUUUGAGUCGCCGGGCAGAACAGGUAGAGGCGCGCCGGGUCAGGAGCUGGAGAGACUGCUCGCUCUGACGGAGGUCCCGGAGGAGGAGCUUGAUCCCUUUACGGUGCUCGGCGUGGAGGUCCACGCCAGUGAGGCCGAGCUGAAAAAGGCCUACAGACAGCUGGCUGUCCAGGUCCAUCCAGACAAGAAUAAACACCCACGAGCCGGAGAGGCGUUCAAAGUACUGCGGGCUGCCUGGGAUAUUGUCAGUAACCCAGAAACACGAAGAGAAUACGAGUUGAAGCGCAUGGCAGCGACCGAGCUCUCCAAGUCCAUGAACGAGUUCCUCACCAAGCUGCAGGACGACCUGAAGGAAGCCAUGAACACCAUGAUGUGUACCAAGUGCGAAGGCAAGCACAAGCGCUUUGAGAUGGAUCGGGAACCCGCCGAGGCCCGCUUCUGUGCUGAAUGCGGUUGUCGCCAUAGCGCUGAAGAGGGGGACCUGUGGGCGGAGUCCAGUAUGUUGGGCCUACGUAUCACGUACUUUGCAUGUAUGGAUGGCAAAGUGUAUGAUAUCACAGAGUGGGCGGGCUGCCAAAGGAUAGUCAUCUCUCCAGACACACACCGCGUGCCCUACCACAUUUCCUUCGGGUCCAAGAACAACAGCAACGCCGCCAGACACAGGACACACCCUGAGCACGCCCCCCCCGGUCCAGCCAACCCGGCAGAUUUGCAGGACUUCUUCAACCGCAUCUUCAAGGGAGGAGCCCCCACCGACAUGCCUGCCAACGGGGCCUUCUUCCCCUCAGGUCCACCUCAUCACCACCCCCCGCACGGUGCCGGGCCACCCCCGUUCUCUCCUCCCCCAGGCCAAACGGGUUUCUUCAUGCCAGGGGCCCAUCAUCGCUCCGAGUCCGGCGAACAACCCCCCUGGUCUGAGAGCGGGAAACCUCCCAGGAGGAAGAAGAAGGUCCGCAAACCCUUCCAGAGGUGAAAGUCUGCUAUUCACCGGAAAAACAACAACCCAGGGACACAUUAAGGAAAGACCCGUUUGGGGUCUGGUCUUGCCCGUUGGCAUGCCGACGUCCCAGCCGGAGGUACUUGCUAGUACGAAACCCGAAGAUGCGCUACGGGGCGUCGGAAGUGUGGUUGCCGAGGUCGAGGUGCUUUUGCUUUUGCUCAUUUCACUUGACAUGUUCACAUUUUCACUGACUGUGUAGCCUUGCCAUUCGUCUGCAUUCUCUCCUGCCAAGCCGCAACAUUUAUUCACCCGCUCUCGGCGACCUCAGCGCCAGGCGUGGCUUUAAACAUCAUCAACGAGGCCAAAAAUGAUCUUGGCAGCAUCACUGCUUCGGUGUUACACUACUGUAUUUCAGUAUGCAUCCAAACACAAAAAGGUACGUGUCCCCGCGCUUCUUUUCCAAAGUCGCCAAUUAAGAGAUUUUGAUGUCAAAUCCACACUUAAAUUAGAAAAAAUAGACAUUAUUUUUGUCAUCAUCAUCCAAACUUGUGUUUAAACAGUAUGGAUUGAAAUGUAAUCUAAUAGAAAACCAAUACAUUAGGAAAGAUUGGUUUACACUGCCCUCUGUUGUUCGUUAUUGGGAUUACACUGUCAAGAUAGAAAUUAGCCACAUUAAGUGUUGGAAAAAUUAGGCUUAUUCGACAUAUUAAAUUAAGACGUGUUUUGUCUAAUUAUUAUUUUUUAUUGCCACCAUUAUUAUUUUUUUACACGGCGGUCAAGUGGUUAGCACGCA